CCUCAUCCAGCACGUCGUCCACUUCCUCCUCCUCCUCCUCAUCCUUGUUCCCUCUAACUUCUCGUCUUCAGAGCCCGGCUCAGUUUGACUCUGGACUGGAUACUACGGACACGCAGCGGCGAAGUCAUGGCGCACGGACCGUUCCUCUGGCUCUUUCUCCUGCAUCUCUGCCUCCUCAGCUCCAACGCUUGGGCCAGGGUGGAGGUGACCAUGCAUGCGGGCCUUGAGGUGUACCUGAGUGACUCGGCUCAGAUCCCCUGCCAGUACAGAUUCACCAACGUCAACUCUGAGCCCAGCUUCGUCGUGACCCAGUGGUUUGUGAGAAGCGCCGGCCACACACGGACGCGGAUCUUCUACUUCGAUACCAAUGCCGUUAGCGCCGCUGACAACAACACGGAAUACACCAGCCGCCUCCAAGUGACUCGAGACCCUGAGGGGACUGUGCUCACCAUCCGGGACGUCCAGCUCUCUGAUGAGAGGGAGUUCUUCUGCCAGGUCAACGGGUUGGAAGCCGGGGCCGGCGAGGGCAAGACCUACCUCAGAGUGUUCGCUCCGCCUGAGGCUCCGGUGAUCGAGGGCGUCCUCACGGGAAUAUCUGUGACCAAAGAGGGGCCGUCUAAGGUUGCAUCAUGUGAGGUGACGAACGGCUUUCCCAAACCCAACAUCACCUGGUACAGAAACAACGUGCCACUGACGCCAGAUCCAGGAAAUGUAAACGUGUUGAGCCUGACCUGGGAGACCAAAGGCCUGUACUCGGUGGAGAGCACGCUGGAGUACAAGGUGGUGAAGGAGGACAGAGAAGCCCUUUUCUCCUGUGAGGUCAGCUUCUCCGUCCCGGGGGCCAUCAGGACAGUGGAGUCAAACACCAUCAACAUCACGGUUUACUACCCUACCACCAUGGUGGAGCUGUGGAAGGAGGCUCCCAGGGGCCUGGUCAAAGAGGGGGAUGCUGUGGAGCUGCAUUGCCAGGGCGAUGGCAACCCCCCGCCGUCCUUCAUUUUCAGCAGAGAACAAGAGGUGGAUUUCGACGUGCCGGUCCUCGGUCACGUGUUGGCCCUGGCUGCGGUGACACGGAAAGACAGCGCCCUCUACCAGUGUCGGCCUGAGCACGCUGAUGGAAACGCCGAGGUCCGAGGGGAAGUGCAACUCACCGUGCACUAUCUGGAUCCAGCUGUGGUUGUACCUAAAGAAUCUGAGUUCAUGAUCAAGGGAGAAGAUUUGACCGCGAGCUGCAACGCUCUGUCCUCCCUGAAGACCUCCACUGUCUGGUACAAGGAGGGCAAACAGGUGGGUAAGGGCAACACAUUGCACCUGCAGGACGCCACCUACGACACGACAGGAGAGUACAAAUGUGAGGUGACCGUCCCCUCGCUGCCGGCGCUGAAGACCAGCGGCUCCGUUAACAUCAUCGUUCAAGGUGGUCCUCAGCUGAUCGGGGUGGAACAGGAGGUGCAGCUGGAGGAGGUGCAAGGCAUGAUGAUCAACCUCAGCUGUGAGGCGGUGGGUCAUCCACUGCCCAGCAUCUCCUGGAGCAUCGUCGGUAGCCAGCACUGGCUCGAGACGGAGGUGGUGAACAAAGUGAAAGAGCACAUGGCGAGGAGCGUGGUGUCGGUCCAAGUCACCUCGGACAUCAGCGCUCAGUGCAACGCGUCCAGCGAGAUGGGCACCGAGGUCAAGACCUUCAGCAUCAGAGCCGUUCCCAGGACCACCACAACCGCUCCCUUCUCUCCCGUUGACCGCAGUGGAGGGAUCAUUGUGGGGAUCAUUGUGUGUCUGCUGCUGCUCGCCAUCCUCGGCAGCGUCCUGUACUUCCUCUACAAGAAGGGAAAGAUCCCCUGUGGACGCUCGGGGAAGCAGGAGAUAAAUAACAAGGGAAUCACCAAAGACGACAUUGUCGUGGAGAUGAAGACCAACUCGAAGACCGAGGAGACUGUCCUGCUCAAGGCCGUGAACGGAGGGAAAGGGAUGCCCAAUGACAAGUAAUGUCCCUGACGGUUCAGCUGCCUGAAGACGGCAGCAUCGGAGCAUAGGACGGGACGAGCGACCUGCAGGAAGACACCACCACACAGACCUGGACAACUCCCCCACCAUGCUUUAUUCUCAGCAGUAUUCAGUAAUUUUACACAGGAGCCCACCCACACACACACAGACACACACACACACACACACACACACUGAUGUGCAUUUUCCUUUGACUGAAUGUUUCCUGUUCAUUCAGCUCCUCCAGUCGUUCGCACUGGGCCGUUGUUCGGAGCCAGUGCGAUGAUGUCCGUGUCUCUCGAUGCAUCCUUUUUGUUUUUCUGUUUCUAUUUCUAUGAAGUGUACAUAUUAUAUAUAUUUUGUUAUUUAAGAUAUUUUGGCACUCUGAUUUCUUUGGUUUCAUGGCAGCGUCUGGCUCGUGUGCACGUUGAUCCAUGUUCACGUGUCCAGGGGGAUUUUGGAUUUGUCUUUUUGUCUUUUUGUUUUUUUCAGCGUGUUUGAUCGGAUAUAUUAAAUAUUCGUGGACAAAACUUCCCAACCGCCCCCGAAAACACAGAAAAUACUAAACCUCUCCUCUAGAAUCAGCCGUUGUACCACUAGGGGGCGCUAAAACCCUCAGUGUCUGGCCCCUAAAAGCUGUGGAUCAGACCCACUGGCGUCCUGUGAACUACUGUCAAGCCCUCGCACUGAUUGUAAAUACGAGUUCAGACCCGCGAGUAGAGGCUGGGACUGUCACUGAAGGUCAAGAGGUCAAAGGUCAGUGAUCUGCCGUGCCUGUUUCUGAGAACGCGUCGUACACUGAAAUCUCUUUCUUGUGAUUUAUUUCUUUGGUUUGCUUCGUGUGUUGUUUGGGCCUGAAGGAGCGUUUUCUUCACGUCAUGCAUGUUUGAGCUUCACGUUGCAGAUACGAGUCAGAACUGGGAUUUAUUUCAGUUUUUGUUUCUGAGCCGAUAAAGCUGUGUUUCUGCAGAUUGAUUAGAGGAGAGGGAAACCAUAGAUUGUGUCU